UCUAUUAGAUAACACGUUACAACAUGGGAGUUAAUACAAGUUACUGUGAAGCAGGGAAAGGGAGUUUGUCAUUUCUUAUUUAUGUGCUUUUCAAUCUUUACAAAGGAGUUAACACCAAGGAAUACUGCCAGACACCGGAUGGAGUCAAGGAGUGUGCGACCGGAUGUUGUGGUGAUCAUUGGAAAAACAAUGUUUCCUGCUGUCCAUUCCACCCUGUGGCCUUCAUCAUGAUUGUACUGGGUAUAGCGCUGGCCAUCGUCUUCAUCGCUUACUGUAUUGUUCACUCAAUGAAGAGACGGAACAGGAGAAAAACUGUCAUCAAGCCGCAAGUAUCUACCGAUACAAAACAGUUGUCGUCCGUCUCUUAUGUCCUUGUGGCCCCUGGUGUUCUAGAGAAGUACCCAUCCAACCGCCCACCUUCAUACUUAAACGGACAGGAAUGGAAGAUAUACAACACCGACGUUCCUCCGACCUAAACAGAUAAUCCAAAGUACCUUCCACGAUGGCGUUCUUUCCGUCCCACUCACUGUGGUUCCGCUACAGACACUCUAAAAGACAUACAUUACCUCCAUAUGUUCUCUGCACCCCUGGACUAUGUCAUAGCAAAAAUGAAGGCAAAAAGAUAGCUGUUUGAUUGGUCUCGG